UGGAGACCGGGUGAUCCGGCGCGGGAUUCACCGGUGACGGAGCGCUGGUGUCAUGUUUUCCACGGAGAACUUCCACGCGCAGAGCCAUGGAGACCCGCGUCAGCAACCUGUGGUGAGCGGCAACGGUGCAGAGAUGACAGGAGGCCCGUGCUCCCAGAAGCUGGGCUCCCGCUCUGCCAGGCACAUCCGUCUGCUCCUGCUCAUCCUCAUCCUCGCGAUCUGCGCAUUCGCAUGCAUUCUAUUGGUGCUGUUGGCAUUCACAGGUGUCAUAGGGAGCUCUUUAAUGGAGUCAGCUGAUUCCCACUCUCUGGACAUCUCAGUCGCCAUGGACAUCAACAUCUCUUCCCCUGGCGUUCCCAUGGCGACGUCACCAUCAGGGGCUUCUGCCGUCCCUCCGCCACACACACAGGGCAUGGGCCACUGGAGACCCCGCGCCGACAACUCUUCAUCAGCAUUUCCAUCUUCACCAUCAUCAUCAUCAUCUCAGUUAACAUCAACAUCGACGUCAGCAUCAUCUUCAUCUCCAUCAUCAUCUUCCUCACCCUCUCCCCUCCCCCAGACCACACCUCCUCACAAGCUCCCUUAUGAUUGGCAGACAACUACAGCAAGCAUCCUGGGCAUCCUAAACACGCCCACUGUUGAACCUACCACUGCUGUGCCAGACUUGGGCAUAUGUGUGGACAUCACUGAGCCUCAGUGCCACAUGUUGCCGUACAACCGGAGCGGUGUGUCGUCAGGGACGAGCGUGGUGAAGAGCAGUGAGCUGGAGAUGUUCCUCAAGUUCUUCUCCUACCUCAGCCGCCUGGGCUGCUACACACACAUCAUGCUGUUCGGCUGCAGCCUCGCCCUCCCACAAUGCAUCAGCAACGGCACUGACAGGCGUCUGGUGUAUCCCUGCGUGGGGUUUUGUGAGGCGGCGCGGGAGGGCUGUGAGCCCGUGCUGCAGAUGUUCAACGCCUCCUGGCCCGACUUCCUGCGCUGCUCCCAGUUCUCCAACGGAACGGUUCCGCUGCCGCGGCCCACCGCCACGCCAGAACCCGUGUCUGGAGCCAUGACCGCCGGAACAGCGGGAGACCCGGGCCUCUGUUACACGCCACGACACAUUAGGGGCAAGCCCUCUUUGUGCGGUGGCAGAGACAACUUCAUGUGUGCGACAGCCAUUUGCAUCUCCCACAAGCUGGUGUGCAACGGCUACAACGACUGUGAUGAUUGGAGCGAUGAGGCAGACUGCAGCUGUCAGGAGGGCGAGUUUGAGUGUGUGACAGGACGCUGUGUGAGUCCGGCUCUCUUGUGUGACGGCUACGACGACUGUGGAGAUCUGAGUGACGAACACAACUGUGUGUGUGAUGCCCAGCGAGAGCACAGGUGUGGAGAUGGCCGCUGUAUUCCUAUUGAUUGGCUAUGUGAUGGAGAUCAGGACUGUGUAGACAAGACUGAUGAGGUCAACUGUUCGUGUAAGGCCCAGGGCCUGCAGGAGUGUAAGAAUGGUCAGUGCAUCCCCAGUGCCUUCCGCUGUGACGGGGAGGAGGACUGCAAGGACGGGAGUGACGAACACAACUGCACACAAACACAGACCCAGAGUCUGUGCACUGCCGGCUGUACCUCCAGUUCAUGUCCCUCUGGUUGCCAAGGCAAUGUCCCCUGUGAUGGACACAACUCCACCUGCAGCCGCUGUGAGCCCAUCUCCCUGGAACUGUGCAUGAACAUGCCCUACAACGGCACCAUCUUCCCCAACUUCCUGGGCCACCGGUCGCAGCGUGAGAGCUCGGUGAGCUGGGAGGCCAACCUGUUCCCCGCGCUGGUGCAGACCAGCUGCUACCGCUACCUCAUGUUCUUCGCCUGCACGCUGCUCACGCCCAAGUGUGACCCGCACACACACCAGAGGGUCCCGCCCUGCAGGUCUCUGUGCAGGAGCUCUAAGGAGCGCUGUGAGUCAGUGCUGGGCAUUGUGGGAUUGCCGUGGCCAGAGGACACUGACUGUGCCCAGUUCCCUGAGGACGGAGGGGACACUUCCUGUCUGCUCCCUGACCCGGAUGUGGACGAGUGCUCCCCGAGCCACUUUAAGUGUCGUUCUGGACGGUGUGUGUUGGCCACCAAGCGCUGUGACUCACACAUGGACUGUGAUGAUGACAGCGAUGAGGAGAACUGUGGCUGUGUGGAGAGGGGGCUGUGGGAAUGUCCAGGAGACAAAGCCUGCAUCAGCCACUCCAUGAUCUGUGACGGCUUCCCCGACUGCAGCCUCAAGGAGGAUGAGAGCAACUGCUCGGUGUGUAAUGACAAUGAGCUGGAGUGUAACAAUCAUGAGUGUGUGCACCGCACUCUCUGGUGUGAUGGCAAGAAGCACUGUUCAGACAGCUCUGAUGAGUGGGACUGUGUCUCUCUGUCCAAUUCCUCGGCAGCGUUGAGUGUGUCUCGCUCCGGGGGGGAGUACCAGGUGUGUGCCGACGGCUGGAGCCCUCAGCUCAGUGAGCUCACCUGCAGGCAGCUGGGUUUAGGGCCGCCUGAGUCCAUAAAGGAGGUGGAGGAGCCUGGAGUGGCCAGACGGCGUUGGCUACACGUGCACCAGGAGAAGCACCAGCACAACAGCAGUGCCCUGCAAGGCCUCCUGGAGAAGAGAAGUCAUUCCUGUGCAUCCCGUAAACAUGUGGCUGUGGAAUGCGGGACAGAGGACUGCGGGCGGCGUCCGGCGGUGCGGCUGGUGAAGAGGAUUCUGGGAGGUCGCGUGAGUCGGCCGGGCCGCUGGCCGUGGCAGUGCUCCCUGCAGAGCGAGCCCAGUGGACACAUCUGCGGCUGCGUGCUCAUCGGCAAGAAGUGGGCGCUCACUGUAGCACACUGCUUUGAGGGGCGUGAGAGUGCGGACGUGUGGAAGGUGGUGCUGGGCAUCAAUAACCUGGACCAUCCGUCGGUGCACACGCAGACGCGUGGGGUGGCCAGCGUGACGCUGCACCAGCGCUACAGCCGCGCCGUGGUGGACUACGACAUCAGCGUGCUGGAGCUGGACCGCGAGGUGGACAUCACCGGACACGUGCGCCCUGUCUGCCUGCCACGCCCCGGACAGCUGCCCCUGCCCGACACCUACUGCUACAUCACCGGCUGGGGGCACGUGGGCAAUCGGAUGCCCUACAAGCUGCAGGAGGGGGAGGUGCGGCUCAUCUCCCUGGCUCAGUGCCAGUCCUACUUUGACAUGAAGACCAUCACUUCACGCAUGCUGUGCGCCGGCUACGAGUCAGGCACCGUGGACUCCUGCAUGGGAGACAGUGGGGGUCCUCUGGUGUGCCGUGAGGGGGACGGGCGCUGGCGUCUGUAUGGCCUGACCUCCUGGGGCUCGGUGUGCUUCUCCAAGGUGCUGGGGCCCGGCGUCUACGCCAACGUCACCCACUUCACCAGCUGGAUCCAGCGCCAGAUCUACCUGCGCACCUACAACCUGGACUAGUCACACACACACACACACACACACACACACACACACACACACACACACACAUGAGAACAUGCUCUUUCUAAAGUCCAAAAUGCAAGGCUCACCAAUACAAAGACACACACACACACACGCACACACUCACACACAAUGUAUACAUCCAUACAUGUUAACAUACAUACACUGGUCAUUCAUACUUUGACUCACACAUGUUUAUGUAUGUUAACACACUCUCCUCACAUGUUGGAGCUUCUUCCAGCUUAACUACUACAGUGGAUGUCUAUGAAGAGAGAGAGAGAGGGGGGGAUAGGACAUGAAUGAGAGGGUAUAUAAGGGGAUAGGACAUGAAUGAGGGGGUA